AACAAUAUUUUAUUUCAACUAUAGCAUUAAAUUGAUCAAGUUUUUUUUCACACACAUAUAAUGAACAGCCAGGCUAUUUAUGUCAAUAUGAUAUACCCACAAAGAUAUUUCAAUAAGACAUACAAAACCACUAAAUGGGAUUACUAGGUUUUGGUAGAUAACCAGGUCAGUUUGUGGUAAACAUCCUGUGUACCUUUGUUAAUAAAUUGGCUAAGUCAGCUUUGAACAAAUACCGGUAAUUCCAUUCUUAUAACAAACUGACUCGUAUGUUUAUUUCCAGAAGCUGUUUGAAGUGUCGUAGGUGCGGCAGGUAUUAAACAGAACAUCUAUAUACAAAUACUUCCUGGUAUCGAUUUAUAUUACCCGGUAAGUGUCCUAGGUAAUGGUGGUUAAUCCAUUUCAUGAUGCGUGUGUGUGUGUGUGUGUGAUGAGAUGCCAAAAAGUGUGUGUGUGUGUGGGGGGGGGGGGGGGGGGGGCACACUUUUAUAUUUAUACACAUUUACACUAUUAUAAAGCAAAUAUAAAGCAAAAUAUAUGAAAAGUGGUGAGGCACAUGCUCCCUUGCCCCCCCCCCCCCCCCCGUUUCCACUGAAUGUGAACCACACACUGGGGAGUGUCAGGUCACAACACAAACUUAUCUCUUGCUAAACACUAACAACUAACUACUAAUCCUUGCCCUGAACAGAUAGCUGAGGUGUGUGUCCUGGUCAGCAUGCUUGAAUCUUAAUUAGAUAUAAACAUGAAAAUCAAGCCAAAAUGACAUGAAAUGAAAUUAAUACAAAUUGUUAUCAGCUCCCCCCCCCCCCCACCACCACUAAAAACACAACAACACACAGUUACCCUCACAUCCCACACUAUAGAUAUGUACAUACAUAAUUAUAGUUAAACCAUACUAUAAAUGGCACCUGUCCUUAAACGUGCAUCCCAUGUGUUAAUUCUGUACAUACUGACAUUACAAGAGUGAUAUUUUACCUUAAUAUAAAGACCACCUAAACAUAAGCCCACAUUUAUUUGGUAUUUAGGGUGGCGUUUAUACACAGGUUCAGCUGUACAUGUUGGACCUAAAGGUAUACAUGUGGUAUGAGAAAGUAAACACAAUCGUGCCACACAUUUUUUUUUUUAAUAAGCAGCAAGGGGUAUGUACUCCUCACAGACUGGAGAGUGUGUUAUGGUCAAAGCAGACAAAGGAACAUCGACUAGAAAAUGGUAAAACACUCAAUAGGUCGACUAAAAUUAUAUGUAUAAGUAAAUAUAACUAGUUGUAAUGUACUACUGAGUAAGUGAAUAAGUAGGUGGGUGAUGGACAGAUGGAUGGACGGAUAAAUGGAUGGACUGAUGAGCAGACGAACUGAUGGAUGAAUGAAUGAAUGAAUGGUUUAAUAACACCCUGGAAACUUUCAUUAAAAAUACAAACAUUGGUUAAUAGAAAUAAACAAUAUUUAUGGAAACGAAUUGUGAAACUACAAGACAUCCCAAAGAAAAAUGCGAAAAUAUAUUAGACAAAUUUAUUGAUAUAUUCAAUUUAUGGGCGAGGAUGUUGAUCCAAAUGAUAUCCAAGCUAUCCACAGGUUACCAGGUGAAGACAUCCAGGUGAAGACAUCCACAGGUUACCAGGUGAAGACAUCCACAGGUUACCAGGUGAAGACAUCCACAGGUUACCAGGUGAAGACAUCCACAGGUCACCAGGUGAAGACAUCCACAGGUUACCAGCAUGGCACAAAGAAAGAAGCAAGUCAGAUUUAUGGAUUUCAAUGAUUUAAAGUUGCUGAAAGAAGUUGUGGCCCAAAAUCCUUUCAAGGACAAAAAGUGGAGGACAAUUGCAGCAAUUUUAUCAACAGCAGAAUUUGUAAUUGAUGGCAGACGGGCUAGAGAAAGGACAGAUCUCCUUGUUGAAAAAUUUAAACAGAAAGAGAAUGUGUCAGAAAAAAGUUCUGGCGUGGUUGAGGACUACGAUGAGAAACAAAUGCUCUUACAGGAAAUUACUGAAUUGAUGGAGGAGGAAAUAAGGGUGCAAGAAGAAAACAGGGAACAGAGCAACACACAAGAGAUAAAGGCCAAGGAAAUAAGAAAGAGGGCUUCCUUUCCUGUCAUGGACGGAGGAGGCGGCCGAGGCCGGCUCUUGUGCCUAGAACAACAGGAACUGUUACAAAAAUUAGAAGCUGAGAAACAACAGUCUAUGUUGAUGAUGGAACUGAUAAACUGAAGAAAUGAAUUUGAACAUUUCAUUACAUUUUAAUAAAUAAAUAAAACUAGAAGGUAAUAAAUUAUGAUUGACAUACAUUACAAUUGUUUCUAUUUUAUUAUUAACAAAAUGUUAAAGUUUAUGGUAUAGACCUUCUUAACUGGGUUGUAAUGUAGUUUAAAGUGCAAGAUAUCCCUCAGUGUCGGCGGGUUAACUCCAAACAAUGUUGUUGUUUCACUGCCAUACAAGCAGGUAUGGCAGUUGGUUAACAGAGCUGAUGUUACGUAAUAUUUACCCACUGGUUCAAGGUAGAGUUUAAGAUUUCUUUUUGUAAUCCAAGAAAGCAAACUGAGAAAUGACUUUGCCAAAUGUCCACUCGACAGAAACACGAACCUCUGACAUAGCUUUGUUGAACUGGCGUUCUUCUGCGCUUAAGUUGGCACCUCGAUAAGGGGCCAAUAAGUGAGGCCUUAGAGGAUAAGCCGGGUCACCAUAAAUGCUGUAUACUUCUCCUUCAAGUGUCAUAUGUUCUUCCAGUUGUGGCAGUAAUCCACUCAACCGUAGCAUUCCUGCAUCGUGUCGUUUUCCUUCUAUCGGACCAUAGAGGUUUGCUAUCAUGCCACUGGGUGUGGUAACACUUUGAAACUUCAGACCAUGUACCCUUUUAUGACCAUUGUAACAAAGCUUUUGAUGUUCAUGUGGACUACAAAUCGGUCUAACAGUUCCAUCAACAAAUCCCCAGCAUUUAUCAGGGGAGCCUCACAGCGGGAUACAGCAGCAGCAAAUACUUUAAUCUGACCGGGUAAUAACCAUUCCUGAUUCAAGGUGGAUAACAGGUGUUUUUUGUUGUCAUAAAUGGUAUCCAAAACGGUGUUGAAUAUAUUUGUCUUCCAAAAAUUGGACAUAUAUUAAAAAGUCUACUCGGGUACACCAGGCGCUGAAGCAGAAUGCACAGGGCUUCAAUACCAGAGACAACUGUGCCAUUGUUGCAUAUUAAUUUUUCAGGAAUGUUUAGUAGAUUUGUCAAAUUUGGGAAAUCGGUGCUUUCAAAACGAAACAUAGACCAACAUUCAGAAUUUGAUAAAGAGUUUAAACAAAAAUCUUUCCUGCAUAGCAAAUCGUGUUCCUUUUUUGAUGACAGUAAAUUAUGGUAAAGGAAAUAAUCAUCAUCUUCACAGAGAAGUAAUUCGGUUUCGUCCAUAUUGGAAUAGUGAAUAUCUGUCAAAUUUUAAUUGAUAAUUAUCAAGAAAGCCAGUCCAAUCAUAACGUAGUUUUCAUACAUGUACGUGUACGGACAACAUCGUUUCUAAACAGUGUUUUUACAAGUUCAUUGCGGGUACGUGUAAUGUGACGUCACACGUACCCGUACACGUAGACGUAAUCAAUCUAAACUGGUCUAUUCACACUUAUAUAAACACUGUGACAAAAAGAAACAUUGAAAAUCCAAACCUCAAUAAUGUCCAGGAAAUAGAUGACAGCACUGGCCAUGAAUCUGACAAAAAGAAAGUAUUCAUCAUUAACAGCAGCACUGUGAGACAUCUAAGUGCAAGAAUGGUGCCAAGUGAAAAUGUGAAUGUCUGGGUAAAAACACUACUUGGUGCAAAAAUUGCUGGUGUACACAAGUACUUGGAAACCAAAUGAAAAUGACAUUCAAGGCAAAUACAGGAGUAUUGUUUUACAUGUUGGUACAAACAAUAUUUCAUCUUUCAGCAAAGACAAUAUCAUUGAUCAGUUUGAAAAUCUUAUAACAACAACUCCAACUUUGGUCACACCGAAUGGUCAAGUGUUUCUGUCAAUGAUACUGCCAUGUACCACAAAUGUGUCAAUAACAAACAACAUCGAAGAGAUCAAUGAAUCACUGAAACAUCUCGAUGACACCAUGCAUGUUGAGAUUAUUGACAGCUAUGAACAAUUUGUUAAUCAACAUGGAGAAGUAAAGAGAAACUUGUUAUUUAACCAUUUAACUACACUCAUCCAAACAGAGAAGGAAUGAUCAGUUUUUCAAACACCAUUCUCAGAAGUGUACAUGGUGUGCUGGGAUUACCACUACAUAAUAACAGACAAGAUAAUUUAAACAGGAUGGGAGGUGAAAGUUAAUGAAACCACCCAUCAGUCAACCACAAAUAACACCUGUCAGUCAAUCACAAAUGACACCUGUCAGUCAACCACAAAUGACACCUGUCAGUCAACCACAAAUAACACCCGUCAGUCAACCACAAAUAACACCCGUCAGUCAACCACAAAUAACACCCGUCAGUCAACCACAAAUAACACCCGUCAGUCAACUGCAACCAGUAGCAAUGUUUCCAUGUACUCAUCAGUGCAUCCAAUCAUUUCUCUCCUCACACUGGACUGUAUGGUCCAUGGCCCAGCCAAGAUGUCAGUAUUGUGAUGUGAAGAAAUCAAUAGGAUUGGAUGACAUAGGACCACACUUUGUUAAAUUGGCUACAGCUGUUAUAACCACAUCAUAGUCUUGUAACCAUCAUCAACAAUAACAUAACAUCAUCAUAACUCGAGGUCAACUCCAGAAAGACAUCAAUAGCACCAAUGAAAAAAUAAGAAAAUCAGCACACUCAUCAAAUGUUGAAAUAAUUGACCACUCAGCUCUGUUUGUUAUAGUGAAUGGUGUACCAAAAAAGAACAUGCAACACGACAAAGUUCACCCUGGCAAAUACAAAUCUAUUGUUCUCGCCAAUUCAUUUCUGGAGUCUGUGGGUGUUACAAUUAAAUAUGACCGAGACAGAUCAAGUCGUGAUACCGACAUCCAUCCACAGGUGCAUUCCAGGGAGCACAGGUACACACGGCAAGAAUACCCUUCAUUGCCUUCUGAUGAUACUUGCCACCAUCUAACUAAUGCUGCAACAAAACCGAUAUUCCCACAGACAAACUGAUCAUGUUGAGAGAAACCAGCACCAUCACAAUGAAAGUUAUUACUGUACCAACCAGUCACCCUGUUAACACAGACCUGCAUUCCAAUGAAUGGUCAACAGAUGCCAAACACAUUAUGACACCACUUCCUGUAACUGGUCAUGGGAACAAAUAUAUUUUAACGAGAUCGACAGAGGCAGUAAUAUUGCCUAACCAGGAAGCAGAAACAGUGGCCAAGGCAUUCGUAAAUAAGUUUAUUUGCCAUUUUGGAAUGCCUUUGCAGGUCCAUACUGACCAAGGGACCAACUUUGAGUGAAAACUGUUCAAAGAUGUAUGCUCACUGCUGCAGAUCCACAAGACAAGGACAAGUGGUAUGAAACCACAGUAAUGUUAACGAUUUAACCGUACAUUGAAAAGCAAUGAUGUCAAUGUACUGUGAGAAAAAUCAAAUGAGUUGGGAUGACUAUUUGCCACAGCUACUCAUGGCAUACAGGUCUUCAGUUCGUGCUGCCACAGGCAAACCACCCAAUAUGAUGGGUUUUGGAAAAGAAAUAAUUCUUCCUAUGCAAGCUGUAAUAGAAAGGCUGCAUAAAGAGGCACCUGAAAGAGACAUCAACCAGUACGUUUCAGAUCUUCAACAUAAAUUGAAAGAAGUUAAUGAAUGUGCUAGAAUAUGCACAAUGAAAUCGCCAGAAUAUUGCCAAAAACAGCACUACAAUAUCAGUACCACAGAGAAGACUCUCAAAGCUGGAGAUGCUGUGUUGGUCCACCAUCCUUUCAGGAAAACUGGAGAAUGUCAAAAGCUAACUGCAAGUUGGAAAGCUCCUUUCUGAUUCUGAAACAAACUAAUGAUGUCACCUACCUGGUGAAGAGAUCUCCAAGGCAACAUGCCAAGGUGCAUCAUGCUGACCGCUUGCUACUUUAUAAAGUGAAGAACCUUCCUGUGUGGAUCCGCAGACAGCUGAAGUCAUGUGAAUAAGGAAACAUGCUUGUACCUACCUGACAUUUACAUUUACCAAGUUUUAUUUUGUAUUGUCUCUACACAAUUCCAGGUGAGGUAGCCUACCCAGUCACAGAUCAAUUGAGCGAGGAGUUCCUUGACUUCAGCCUGACACCAGCUGAGGAACUACCACCAACCUGUCUCUCUUUGGACAAAUACUGGAUGCGUCUGGGGAAAAUGACUGUGAUGGAUGGAUCUCUCAGAUUUAAAGAACUUUCGACACUGGCGCUCAUGCUGUCUACUAUUCCAAAUUCUAAUGCUGACACAGAGAGAAUAUUCUCCACUGUGAGGAAAAUCAAGACAGAAAGGCGUUCAGAAUUGGACAAUUCCACGUUGUGCGGCCUUCUCAGCUGUAAAGUAAACAGCACAAGCUAUUGCUAUGAAUCAACAUUUAGUGAAAAAACAUUAGCAUCUGCUAAAUCGGCUACAAAACAAUACAAUGAUACGCAUUUGUAAACAGGACACUCAGAACAGUGAUGUACAUAAAGCUGUAAAAAGAAAAACAUGAAACAUUGUUGGAAAUAUAUUUCUUUGAAAAACAAGUCAAUUUUUAUUUAUUUUGUAUGUAUUUUUAAGUAUGUACUUGUAAAAAACAUUGCUGUAUGUUGUAUGUUGCUAUAAAAUUGGGUUUUUAUAUGUGAAACAAUGUUUUACGUCUUUAUUUAUUGAGUACUGUGAAUCUCCAGUUUUUUUGGCAAAUCUCCUGGGUUUUUUUAUCCCAGUCUCCUGUCAAGCCAGAGUCCAAGGUUGACAGGUCUGGGUACACAUGAAGCUUUAUAGUAUCUGAUGUUUUGUAGAACAUGCAAUAGAAAAUUGAGUGAUUAUUUAUAUGACUAAUUAAUUGUUAAGGGAAUGCUUUG